GCACAGGAAAAAACAAAUCCACAGCUCAAAGCGACACAACUCUUGCAAGCGUAAACCACAGAGGUCUUUUAAACUGGUGCAGGUGCAGCUCGAAUAGCUGCACGCUCUUCUUCUGGGUUUCUGAAGAGCCUCUGCUGUGAAAGAUGAGCGAGACGCUGGAGAGGACUACAGACUGCCCCUUGCCACUUCUUAAAGAUGAUGACUCCGGCCCAGAUGAGGAGAGAAACAGCCUGACGGGCUCAAGUGAGUUACGCUGGGAAGAUGGGGGUCUACCUGUGGAGCUGCAGAGAGGGAUGGAGAACUUACGAAUGAACAGAGAGCUGACUGAUGUGGUGCUGAGCAUUCAGGGACAUGACUUCCCUUGCCAUAGAGCCAUACUCGCUGCGGCCAGUCAGUACUUCAGGGCCAUGUUUUGCAGUGGUUUGAAGGAGAGUCAUGAGGAGCGUGUGGAAAUGAAGGGAGUGGACAGUGGGACGAUGCAGUCUCUCCUGGAGUAUACCUACACCAGCCGAGCCCACCUCACACACUCUAACGUCCAGAGGAUACUCGAGGCUGCCAGUCAAUUUCAGUUCCUGCGUGUGGUGGAUGCAUGUGCCAACUUCCUGAGCAAGUCUCUGCACCUCGAGAGCUGUGUCGGGAUCCUGAAUCUUGCUGAAAGCCAUGCCUUGCCCGCCUUGAGGACCGGGGCUCAGGACUACAUCGCCGCUCAGUUCUCCCAGAUAGUCCAGCAGCAGGACUUCCUGGAGCUGCCGACAGAGUCUCUGGAGGCCGUACUGCAGAGGGACGACCUUGAUGUGAAGUGCGAGGAGAGUGUUUUUGAGGCACUCAUGUGCUGGGUGAGGGCCCAGCAGGAUGAACGAGCGCCUUCACUGGCCAGGUUGCUCUCACACGUGCGACUGCCGUUGUUGGAGCCUGCAUACUUUGUGGAAAAAGUGGAGUCAGAUGAACUGAUUCGCCAUUGCAGUGAGGCCUUUCCUUUGCUGCAAGAGGCCCGCAUCUAUCACCUGUCCGGCAGAGAGGUGGUCUCUGAACGAACCAAACCCCGUGUGCGGCACUUCCUGUCAGAAGUGUUCCUGAUCAUCGGAGGCUGCACAAAAGACGAACGCUUCAUUUCCACCGUCACGUGUUUGGACCCCCUGAGACGCAGCAGGCUGGAGGUUGCCAGGCUGCCAAUCACAGAGAUGGAGGAUGAAUCCCAAAACAGGAAAUGGGUGGAGUUUGCAUGCAUCACCUUCCGCAAUGAGGUGUACAUAUCUGGAGGUAAAGAGACACAACAUGAUGUUUGGAAGUACAACGGCGCCCUGGACAAGUGGAUCCAGAUUGAGCCACUGGCAACUGGGCGCUGGAGACACAAGAUGGCAGUCCACGGGGGGAAGGUGUAUGCACUGGGUGGAUUUGAUGGAGCUCAGAGACUGGAUAGCGUAGAGGCCUAUGAUCCCUUUCACAAUCGGUGGUCACAGGUGACCCCACUUGCAGUAGGCGUGAGCUCCUUUGCUGCUGCAAGCUUUGACAGAUGGAUCUAUGUGAUCGGUGGCGGGCCCAAUGGAAAGUUGGCAACUGAUAAGGUUCAGUGCUGGGAACCCGGGACAGACUGCUGGGAGCUGCGAGCGCCCAUUCCCAUCGAAACCAAAUGCACUAAUGCAGUCACAUUCAAGAACUGCAUCUAUAUAGUCGGUGGUGCCAUGCAUGCCAUGUACUGCUACUCACCUCUGUCAGACUCCUGGUCCCUUGUGACCCGUCUGGGGGAGAGGGCCAGCUGCGCCAUCGCUGCCUGUAACAACAAACUCUUCAUCACAGGGGGACGGGAUAACAAGAACCAAGUCAUCUCCACAGUGAUGUGCUGGGACGUCGGCCGAGGGGUGUUGACAGAGGAGUGUGUUCUACCGAUGGGGGUGUCGCACCAUGGCAGUGUGACACUCAUGAAGUCCUACACACACAUACACAGGGUGACACCUGCCUCAGAGUGCCAAUGACACAGGCUUCUGCCAACAGGACAUUUUUGCCGUUGAGAGAAGCUUUGAAAAGGAAAGUGGAGAUACUUCUUUUUUUUCUUGCAUGCACUAUGUUCAUUUGAUGUCAAUUUAUGUCACUUUAAAAGCUAGGAGUCAAUCCCUGUGUUUAACCUAUAACAGUAUAAUGCUAUACUACAGCAGCAGUUGAUCAAACUAUAUUUUCUGAUGAAUAAUUACAUGUACAACAGUAAUAACACAUAACUUGGUAUGACACACUUUCUAAUACCAAGAAAUACACUGUUUCAUGGCUUUAUAGUUAACACAAAUAUUUCAGAAACGUAAAGCAAUGACAGAAUGGAACCAUAUUUGGAUAAAAUAAAUAGAUGCAUAUCAUUAACUAGAAAUAUGCAAAUUAACACAGUGUGUGACUUUCAUACAGGAACUAUACAAAAGCCCUAUAGCACCUGGUGUUUUUUAAUUCACACACACACACACACAUACACACACACACACACACACACACACACACACACACAAACACUGCCAUCUGGUGGUCAAUAUAACUUCUUGUUUUGCCUCCAGUUUCAUUGUACUCAAACUAAUUAAGUCUUAAAUAAAUGCAGAAACUUAACUAAAGCAAAUAUUGUUUUCAUUUCACUUCAUUUAUUUGACUCUCAUAUCACAUAGUAUGGAGUACAAACAUUACAUACAAUAACAAAACAGUGGCACACAGCAUGUCUUAAGUACAACAGCUUCCAUUCUGACAUUGAAACAAAAUAUGAUACUCAUCUCCCACGCGAUUAUCAUCACAGAGGUUCCACAUCUCCUGGUUUCUGUCCAGCUUUUAUAUCUUCCAGUGACUUUAGGAGUUCUGGUGUUAUUUGCUCUUCACCAGUUUACACUCUUGUUUAACUUCGACACAUAACUCACACAAUGUCACACCACUGAGCUCACUUUGCUAUGUUUGCAUGAACUGAUUUUUUAGACUCUGUUCAACAGUUUAACCUGUAGAUGUUGUUACACUUUUGAGCCAGAGGUACAACAAGUCACAUUAAUACAGUAUCUGCUUAACCUGCAGGACCCAUGGUGACACAUACAGUAUACACCCUUAUUAUGCAGCCUGAGCAAAUAGUUGUACAUUUUUCGACUGAAUCUAGUUUCUUUAACCUCUAUCAGCCUCCCCCAGUCGCCAAUAAUUCUCCUUUUAACUGCUAUACAGAGUGGAUAUCUUCAUUUUUUAUUAGACAAGGAUCUACAAAAACCAGGGUAAAAGCAAAGCAAACAAAAAGAGACACAAAAGAGCAAGGCAAGACACAUUAGAGAAGCAAGGAUUGAGAAACAGACGUGUAAAGUUUAAUAGCUUUAUGGUUCCUUUUUGCCAUAAUUUUCAGCGACCUAAAGUAAUUGGCGAAAUUACACAGGAACACUGUGAAUGACGGAGAGCUUCUGUUUCAUUAACAAAUAUAAAUAUGAUUUUAACCCAUAAUAAUUACAAAGAUUAAGACUGACAGUAUCAGAAAUGUUUGAAAUGUUGUCCAUAAAAUAAAUAAUAUCACUGUAGGUAAAUGGAGGUAUGUUGUCCAUUUUCAAAGAUAACCAAUUAUGGAUUUCAGACCAGAACAAAGUGACUUGAACAUUUAAAAAAUAGAUAGUUUCUGCCUCUGAAGAGCAAAGCGACACCUGGACCAACAGCAAAUUUAAAUCUAUUGUGCAGAAGGUCACUGGCAGAGUAUAUUUCUGAUACUAUUUUCAAAAUGUGUUUCUUUUACUUUAGGAGCAACAGGACAAGAUAUAUAAAAAGAGAAGGCCUGUCUCUUUAAGGGGGGCUCUAUGUCAUUCUAGACAUAGCAUGACUUGAGGUCACCAAAAUGUACUUGUUUAAAAACUAGGCUUAUUGAUUUGUUGUCACUUUUUUUAUUUUUUUGUGGGGAGAAAGUGUGUAGUGGAUAUCGUCCUAACUCCCCAUAGACCGUAUUAUUGCAGGUUGUCAUUUUAACUGUAAGAGUAUAGUUUAGAUGUCCUGCACAUCACUGCAAAGGUGUUAAAAAUACAAUCUUUUGUGUCAAACUAAUCACUGAAAUUAUGUGUUUCGUAGAUUAAAGUUACAGAACUACUGAAUCAAACUUAUUUAAAUGUAUUCCUUGAACAACUGACACCUUCACACACAUAACUGACAUUCCCGUACAACAGGAUGAAGAAAAAAAAAUCUGGCACCCAGCCUAAAUUCACUAACCGUCAAAACAGCCGAGCUUCCGGUAUAUUUUCAAAAUAAAACACACUGGCAUGAAGAUGAUAACGGUAACAAAAGUCAUUAAAAUUAUGAAAUCAAGCAAAGCUUAUCUGGAAAAAUGUGUUAAAUUAAAACAGAUUGUUUUUUCUUGUCAUAUUAACAAUGAAGUUUGGGAAGAGUGUGCCACAUCCAGUCCACAUUUUAAGCAAUUACACCUUCCAGGAUGUUUUUAAUGUAAUCUUGUAAAAUGUAGCUUUGGUGGGAAACUUGAGUAAAUACAGCUGUUUGAAGGAGGAAAUUGUUAAUGUUUUCACAGCACAAAGCAGCAUAAAGUAGAUAUUACAGAGGGAACUAUGAUGUAUCAUGUAUAAUAAAAAGGCCUUUUGCUUAUUUUUAAAGAUGUAUUUCAUGUGACAGAAGGUUAUGUUAAAGGUUGUUUCAUAGAUAGCCUGUGUAUUAUUGACCCUGCUCAUUCAAAGUUGGUGUAAUGAAGGACUGAAUGACUUUAUAACUGUUCUUUUUUUAAAUAGUGUAGAUAUCUAGCAUACAAGAAGAAAAAAAUAACAACACAAAAAACAAACAAA